AUGUCCACGGUUCCUGACCCUGAACUCACAGGAGACACAGCCACCGAGCUAUCAACGUCUCACCUUGCACGGUUCGAGUUCAGCGACGCAGGCACAAAGAUCCUCAUGGUGGAAUGGGCACCUGGUGCCGUGGCGUCUGCGCCAUCUGAACCCUCGACACUACCAACUGCACUAGAUGAUGCGCCGUCACCGGCGACACCAGCAAAGAGCAACGACUGGCACGUCUCCUGGCCUGGAAAAUCCACGGUUCUGCCAGCCAACGACGUAGACUCGACGUCUUUUGCCCGCCGCAUCUUCUUUCUCCUGCCACCAGACGCGCCAGUGCCGUCCACGGUCACCAUCACACCCCCUUCGCCUCUCGAGGCUAUCACUCUCAAACCUCUGCCCGCAAUCUUCCCACCGUCUUUCCAGGAUCAGCGUGGUACCCGCGGCGUGUUGCACACCAUAUGGGCCAAGAAGCGCCUGCGCGAGCUCGACGCAGAGAUGGCGUCGGAACUGUCCUUCAACACGGAGAGCGUGGGCCUGGAAAUGGCACGCGCUGAACGGGACUGGAUCGUGGAUACGUUCCUCACAGAGCAGAAGCAGGGUGACGGACUGGGAAGCGUGCUGAGCGCCGCGGGCAUGACGCCCUUGACGCCACGCAGUCCCAUCGGCGGCAAGCUGGGCGAGAAGCUGCGAGGUCUGAAGCUGGAGACCAGCCCGGCCGAGCUGGAGCCAUCGGCCAACAUCUUCCUCGCAGAAGGCAGCCAGAGCCAGACGCUCAGCCCACGUGGCGACGAUAUUGCCAUGUCCGGGUUUGGCAGUAUACCCCAGCGCUCGCCAGGUGUUGCUCCCAUGGGCGGCGCCAUCUCUCUGAAUGCCGUAAUCAAGGGGGAUCCCGCGCCUACGGGGCCCAAGACGGAGGAUGAUGAUCUAUUCGCCCUGCCCAUCAGCCCUCGCAGUCCGGACAUGGCAAAGAGCCCAUUUAGCACAUUGAAAUAG